AAGGUUUAUCGGCUUAUUCGUCGAUCAUCGAUGAGUCCAUCAGUGCUGUGAACAAACCGCGGCGGAUCUCUAUAUAUAAUUUCAGCCACAAUAAAUAGCGCGGAUAUAAAACGCAGGGGGGAUGACAGACGCGUCUCGAAAAAAUUGAAAGGUGCUGUUUCAUUGCAACUGAUUCAAACCUUUGCCAAAUACAAUACAGCAGUACAUACUUCUUGAAAAGAACGGAGGGAAAAAAGGACGACUAUAUAGAUAAGGAUUUCGGUCCAACUUAUAUACAGUAUAAUACAGCAGUGCUGCAACAUGGACAAACAGGACAGCAAUAAGAUCUCCCUGACUUUGGAUCCAUCAGCAGUCUCCUCCUCCUCAUCUUCCGGCAGCAGCAGCACUUUUGGGCGUUUGAAAAUUGGCAGAGCCAGUUUCCGGUAUCCGAAGCAGAAACGCCAACAGCAGAAUAAGCAAAAGCCGGAUAAUGAACAGGAUGUUGACGACGAUGGGACCAGCAGGAAGUUCCAAAGAAGCAUGUCGCACAGUGACGUCGACAGCAGCAGCAGCAAAAACAACAAGACUGAGAAUCGCCCUCAGGGGAAUAAAGUGGCACCUGCUGCUGACAACAACAACAGCAGCAACAAUUUAAAGAACCAGCAUCAACAACAACCCCCAGUCAAGUUCCAGAGAGUCAGUUUGACACCUUCAGUUAUGGUCACUACUGAUGCUGACUCCCCUCAUGUGGUAUCCAAGGUUAUGCUUCUGGGUGACUCAGGAGUUGGCAAAACGUGUCUCCUAGUUCAAUACAAGGAUGGGAAAUUUCUUGCUGGGAAUUUCAUUGCAACAGUGGGCAUAGAUUUCAGGAAUAAAGAAGUGGAGGUUGAUGGAAAGAAGGUGAAGCUUCAAAUCUGGGACACUGCUGGCCAGGAGAGGUUCAGGAGUGUCACACACGCCUACUACAGGGAUGCUCAAGCUUUGUUGCUGCUCUAUGACGUGACCAACAGGCAGAGCUUCUUCAACGUCAGGUCAUGGCUGGCAGAGGUGAAAGAGAACGCGAGACACAAUGUGGUCGUCGUGUUGAUUGGGAACAAAUGCGACGUCCGAUUCCAAAGGGAAGUGAAGACGCACGAGGGAGAAGCUCUGGCCAAGGAAUACAACGUGCCUUUCAUAGAAACCUCUGCCAAAACCGGCCACAACGUCGACUUUGCUUUCCAGGCAGUGGUCAAGUGA